UUGUAUUAUUGGCUGCACAGCAUAAUGCUCGUUUUCAGUUUGAAGAUAAAACGGUUUGCAAUAACAGAAUACUAAGCCUCCAAUUAGCAUGAAGCAUGCAUAAUAAACUAUUUAAGGUGGAGAGAGUUGUUUCACACGUGGUGGAACACUUAACUGCGAUUAAGUACAUACAGAGGAUUCCUUUCUCCUCUAUUCUAGAUAUUUGGGCUUCAAUGUACGGUGUCACAUCGAAGAGAAGGAUAUGCAACCUGCACGACAUAAUUUGCACCUUGUGGGUGUAAGGAAGCAAUCUGACGCCGAGUCGUGCACGGCGAUCCGUGUAGCGCGCAUCAGUUUGGUCAAAGGCGAACGAAACGAGCUCCUGAGCUGAAGCAAAGGGGGGUUAACAGCAGCGACAGCAGCUGUGCCGUCAAAUCUUGGUUCACGUCAAAGAAAUAGCGUAUCGUCUGCGUCCUUCAAAUGAAUAAGCGUGAUUCGUUGUGGGAAUACUGAACAUUUCUAUUUUUUUUACGGUAAGAACCUGGUUUGUUCAAUGUUUUUUUCCCCUCACCAUUCCUCUCCUGUUCGGUGCGUGCUCCAUGUAUGUAUGUCCGAAUGCUUAUUGCAUCGGAGGUUCCGCCAGCGACACUGAUUACAAACUGAAGCAAAGAGAAGACUCGGCGGGAUAGGUUUAUUCUGCUCCGACACACCACACAAGAGCGGACAGUUUAGGGAGUUCAGGAACGGAGCAGACCAGCCUCAGCGUGCCCCUGGCGGACCCUGGAGCCUGGGCCACAGCGAUGAAUAACCUGGGCAUCGUGCCUGUGGGAAUGCCAGGGCAGCAGCUGGUUGCAGAUUCUGUCUGUAUACCAGGAUUUGACCCCGGCUUGGGCAUCAUCGCCCCAAUCAACCCCAUGAUGGCAGGGAUCCGGCUAGUGGCCCCUCCCCCCGUGCCAGUCGAGCUGCCCGUCAUCAAGGAGAUCAUACACUGCAAGAGCUGCACUCUCUUCCCACAGAAUCCCAACCUGCCGCCUCCUUCCACCCGGGAGAGACCCCCAGGGUGCAAGACUGUGUUCGUGGGAGGUCUUCCCGAAAAUGCCAGCGAGGAGAUCAUCCGGGAGGUGUUCGACCAAUGUGGUGACAUCAUCGCCAUCCGCAAGAGCAAGAAGAACUUCUGCCACAUCCGCUUCACGGAGGAGUUCAUGGUAGAUAAGGCCCUCUACCUGUCAGGCUACCGGAUGCGCAUCGGGUCGAGCACGGACAAAAAGGACUCGGGGCGCAUCCACGUGGACUUCGCCCAGGCGCGGGACGACCUGUACGAGUGGGAGUGCAAGCAGAGGCUGCUGGCGCGCGAGGAACGCCACAGGCGGAAAGUCCAGGAGGACCGCCUGCGCCCCCCCUCGCCCCCGCUCAUAAUGCACUAUUCCGAGCACGAGGCGGGCCAGCUGGCUGACCGGCUCAAAGAUGACGGCAAGUUCAGCGAGGCCACGGCGGUGCUGCUGACCUGGAUCGACCGCGGCGAGGUCAACCGCCGCUCCGCCAACCACUUCUACUCCAUGAUCCAGUCGGCCAACAGCCACGUGCGGCGGCUGCUCAGCGAGAAGGCCCAGCACGAGGAGGAGAUGGAGCUGGCCAGGGAGCACUUUAAGAACGCCAUGCUGUCCAUCCUCACGCAAUUCGAGCAGAUUACGGCCGUGUUCUCCGCCGCCACCAGGCAAAAGGCAUGGGACCAUUUCUCAAAAGCGCAGCGCAGGAACAUAGACAUGUGGCGAAAGCAGUGCGAGGAGCUUAGGAACGCGCACAGCGAGGAGAUCAUGGGAAUACGAAGAGAGGAGGAGAUGGACAUGUCUGACAACGACGAUGACGAAAAUCCCUGCAAGAAAAUGCGAUUAAAUGACUCAGGCCUGGAGGCGCAGACCUACGCUCUGAGAGAGGAGAACGACAGCCUGCGGUGGCAGCUGGACGCCUACAGGAACGAGGUGGAGCUGCUGAAGCAGGAGCAGGGCAAGGCCUACCGCGCCGAGGAGGACCACGCCCAGGAGCACCAUCACCGCUUACUGCAGCAGACCCUGCACAGCAUGCAGCAGCAACUGCUAGGCCUCCAGGGGGAGUUGAAGAGAAAGGAGUUGGAGCUGGAGCAGGCCAGGGACCAGCAGAGGAGCCUGGAGGGGGAGCUAAGCGCCCUGAGGGAGACGCUCCUGAAUGGCCUGGAAUGUUCGGAGAUGAGCUCCACAGAGGGGUCUGAGAAGGCUGUGAACGGGUGCGCGGUGGUGUCCUGUCACGCGCAGGAGCGGAGCGUGGAGGCCUUGGUCCCUGGCCCUCUCAGAUCGGAGAAAGAGGCCCUGCUGCUUGGGAUUAUAUCCACCUUCCUUCACGUCCACCCCUUUGGAGCUAACAUAGAGUACCUGUGGUCAUACAUUCAAAGGCUGGACACAAAGGUCUCCGCGGCGGAGCUGGAGCGGCUCAUGGUCCGGCUGCCCCGCAUGUUCAAGCAGGAGUUCAGCGGCGUGGGGGCCACUCUGGAGAAACGCUGGAAGUUCUGCGGCUUCGAGGGCAUCCAGUCCGUGUGAGGGCCCUGGGAGGGCGACAGACUUGCUGGGAUGGGGGUCCCUGAGGGGUGGAUCCCCCCCCCCGUGCGGAAGUUUCUGUGUGAUAACCGUGGAAACCUUCUGGGCAGAAGAAACCGUGAGGUGGUGAGGACAGAGAUGGAAACCACAAAAGGAUUUUACCAUUCUCAGAAUGGAUUUCUUCAUUCUGAAGGCAGAUUGCAUAGCAUUACUGUCUUAAGAUACGGUUCCGUCUUGAUAGGGAAGAGACUGCAAAACUUCUGAAGCAUGCAAAUGCUCUGAGGCAAGUCUUCACAGAUUUAAAAGGAUAUUUUUUUUGUGACCUUUACCGAAAACUAAAAACAGUCAGUGCAUUUCAGAGGGAUUUUUUCCCCUCGCUGAUACAUUCUUUCUCCUUGAGAUCAGUGCUUCAGCGUUGCUGAAACACCCUGCCCAACUUGUGACGCGAUCCAGUUUGGAAUGUGCAUAUUUACACGGGACGUGCCAUUUUUGCAUAUCAUCUGGGAUGCACACCAUCUCUUUUCUUCCUUUUACUGUAUGCUGAGUAUGUACUAUACAUUCUGUUUGUGUUCAGUUUGUUGUUAAGUACAGUAUCCUCUUGUGUAAAUUAUUUUUAACAAAUAAAGGUUUUUAUUCAAA